AGUCCGGACAUUGCUUUGAUUUAUACGUUGUUUAUUCAACCGGAACCCUUAUUAGACUAAAGGGGCUUAUUCCGGUAGCUGUUAUAAUUAAGACUUUCUCACUCGAAACUCGUCCCACGUCGUUCCUUUCGCUUAAAAGAGUAAUUACGAUGAAUUUCUGACUGAUACGGAAAAAUGACGGAGAAAAAGGACAAUGAGAUGUCCCUGUUGGACAGCCAAGACAAUGAGAAGACCAAUACCGGCCAUCUUGGUUUGUCGGAGGAAGACGACCCAGAGACCCAGUGCGGGAUAGGAUCGUGCAAGCCACGCGCCUUUCAGGUGUUUGCCAACAUUACCGCCUUCACAGGCUUCUACGGCAUAACAAGCCUCUUAUCGGCAACGUUGUUGACGUACGUCAAUUCUCAAAUCACGACACUGGAGCGACAGUUUGGCUUUACUAGUUCAGAAACUGGAAUAAUAAUGGCCAGUAACGACAUUGGCUAUAUGCUUAUUGUCGUUUUCAUUGCCCACUUUGCCCACCGAUCUCAUAUUCCCCGGUUUAUGUCUGCAAGUGUCAUGCUUUUUGGCAUUUCCGGUCUGAUAUGCUGCUUACCUCACUUCCUGUUUGGAACGGUGCAGUCACCUAAUGAGGAAUACGUAGUAAGUAAUAUGACGUCUCAGUCACGAGCAUAUGACCUGUGUUCGUUAGCUAAUGAUUCACUGAUGAAUUUUUGUGAAAAAUCAGACUCUCCCGACAAACCGGAAGUGUUAUCAAGGAGACCACGUGAUCAUUCAGCAGCAGCGCUUGGGAUCAUCGUCAUCGGGAUGGCUCUACAAGGCGUAGCAAAGGCCCCAAGAAACCCAUUCUUGAUCACAUAUGUAGAUGGAAAUGUGGAAAAGGCAAAAACAGGAUAUUAUAUGGGAAUCAUAAUUAGUGUGACCAUCUUCGGACCAGCCCUUGCCUAUAGCCUCGGCAGCUACUUCACCAGAAUAUAUGUCACGUUGGAAGACACAGACCUGUACCCCCGUCACCCUCGCUGGAUCGGCGCUUGGUGGCUGGGCUACCUCGUGUUCGGGUCUGCAGCCGUUAUCAUGAGCGUGCCUCUCUUCUUCUUCCCGCGCAGAUUGAAGAAUGCUCCGCCCAGUGAUGUCCUGGACGAUCUAAAGAAGAAGAAAAAGGAACUGAAUAACCUCACAGCCAAACUUAUUUUGGAGGCGAAAGAUUACAUAAAGGUGUUGGUGGGUAUCUUGACCAAUCCUCUCUACGCCACGCUGGUUCUGGCCAGUGUGUGUCAUCUGUUCUCUGUUGGGGGAGCGCACGCCUUUAUGCCCAAGUACAUGGAGAACCAGUUCGGUCUUGCGGCAUGGAAAGCCAACCUUCUCAUGGCUGGUCUGAGUAUGCCGAUGGCGUCACUGGGAACGUUUGUCGGUGGUUGGUUAACCAAAAAGUUUAAAAUGAGCCCCAUAACAGGGCUGAAGUUUGUCAACGUUUUCACAUUUGUUGCAAUCCUAGUUAUGGCCCUUGGAUAUGUGUUUGGCUGUCCACAACCAAAGAUACUGAAUCAACCCGGGACGAUGGUAUCAUCGACGGCUGACCAAGGCGACUGUGGCAGUUCCACCUGCCACUGCAACGACAACGACUACUUCCCCAUCUGUGGCUCCGACAACAACAACUAUUACUCACCCUGCCACGCGGGAUGCCUUGCCAAGAACGGACCGAGUUAUACGAACUGCACGUGCAUACCGAACGGUGGUAAGGCGAGCCCGGGUCUCUGUGACUUCGACUGUCCCUUCCUGUAUCCCUACGCUGUGACCCUUGCUGUCUCGGCCUUCCUCAGCACUAUGCUCAUUAUGCCUAAGAUCAUCAUAAUGAUCAGGAGUGUCACAGAGAAGGAGAAACCGAUGGCUGUUGCGUUUUCAUCAUGUAUGACGUCAUUGUUUGGUUGGCUUCUUGGACCAAUCAUAUACGGACGCGUCAUAGACUCCACCUGCCUCAUUUGGGAUUCGCCAUGUGGUGAAAGAGGAGCAUGCGCAUUAUACGAUAUCGUCGACUUACGUUUGAAAAUCCACGGAUUCUACGUAGUAUCACGUAGUGUAACCUGCGUCUGUUUGGUCGCCGCACUCUUAAUAGCCAUUAAGACGAAAAAAUUCGAAACUCCCACCCCGACCAAAGAAAAAGAAUUGGAAACUCUCAACCCCACCAAAGUAAAAGAAGAGAAAGGGAUCCUAUGAUAAACAAAUGGUGAAAUAUUAUUAAAGCCGUCUUUACAAAAGAGUAUUACCCGCCUUCAAAUAAUGUUUAACACAGGACCAUUUAGAUGGAUAAUACAAUAUGUGCAUAUAUACCACCAAAUGGUCGCCCUUACAGACCUAUCAAGAUUGUUAAGUUUCGGUUCUUGCAGGCAUUCCAGCUUUCCUAUAAUUCCUAGAAAUUCCUAAAUGUUAAACGUCUCCUGUCAUUCUUUUAGUUUUAUGCCAUACUGACUUCCUAGAAAUCUGUUCCUCAGAUAUUGUUUUGCAAAAGGAAAAGCUUGUAAUGCGUUCCUAUCAUUUCUCUGCACUGAACUUUGGUAUCCAGCUAUAUCACCCACAUCAAGUUCAUCACCCACCGUCUGACAUUCAUUAAGAAGCAAGAUUGGGACUUCAGGAAUGAUAUUGCUCAUAAGGGUACUUCCAGUGCAGACAAAUGUCAGGAAAGAUAGAGCAUGUCCGAGGGGCGUUCAAUAAGUUUUGCAACUUCAAUAUAAGACCAAGUCGCAGAAUAUUGUUUGCACUUUUAUUUUUCAAUACAAUCUCCAUUGACCUCAAUACACUUAUUCCAUUUGUCCUUCAAGCUUUUAAUACCACUUUUAUAGAAAUCCGCAGAUUAGGCCUCGAACCACGCCUGUGUGGCAGCCUUUAUGUCCUCGUCAUCCUGGAAGCGUCUUCCACGUACGGCAGAUUUCAUUUGCCGGAACAGGAAAUUGUCACUAGGGACUAAGUCUGGGCUGUAGGGUGGGUGAUUUAAUUGUACAGCCCAGACUUAUUGAAAAAUAAAAGUGCAAAAGAUAUUCUGCGACUUGGUGUUAUAUUGAAGUUGCAAAACGUAUUGAACGUCCCUCGUACAUUGACAAUUAGGAAACCUGUGUCUGGGUAAGGACAAAGUUCCAUUAUACAGCUGCAUCCUUAGUUUUAAAUCAAACUAUCCCCUAUGUUUCCCCCAUGUAUUUUUUGGCCUCUAUAUUUAACCCAGUAUUUUAAAGAAAAGUGGCUGGGAUGCCUGUUCUCGGAAUGGUUUUGAUUUUGCGCUUACAAACGUUUUGCUUUUCGUAAAAUAAAUGAAAUCAGAAAAGAA